UACAGACGCAAGCAGUCGGAGCGCCGUUACCAGCAGCGCCUCGCCGAGACCUCGCAGUCCAGCGGUUCCAACUAAGAGUCUCGCCUUUCUCGAACAGACGAUCGACUCGGUCACCACCCCACACGUCACUCCGUCUCCUCCCCCCCUUCCCGCCGUUGUUGCUGCCGCCGCUGCCACCACAACCGACUUGCGCUGCUUGCGUAGAAGCUACGGGCGCAAAGAACUGACGGCUCGCACUGGGCCGUGCGUGAGACUUUCGGAGCGAGGUUGUUGACAAUGCCGGCGGGCGUGACGUGGCCGCGCUAUCUCAAGAUGCUGACCGCGAGUCUCCUGUCAAUGCUGGCAGGAGCGGAGGUGGUUCACCGCUACUACCGGCCAGACCUGAGCAUCCCUGAGGUUCCGCCAGCGCCGGGGCAACUGCAGACGCGGCUGUUGGGCAUCGAGGGCACAACGGGGACACCACUCAGUGGCACCAGGGCUGCGGAGGAGGAACGCAGCCAUCCCUCGUGACGGCGUCCACUCCCUCAACCUCGAGCACGUGCACGUGCACGAGUUAACGCACACACGAACAUGCACAGGAGGCACAGCACAUGCACAGAAUGUUAUACCUCCUUCACGAUGGUGAAUCAAAAACGAUAAGACUUUUUAUUUUACCAGGUAAGGCCCACCGAGCCAUCUAGCUCUUUUUCAGAAGCGACCUGGCCACAAUGACAGCUCAUUGUAGUGGCUCAUCAUGUGGACAUAUAUAGUAGCCAAAUACUAUAAACGCCAUGUUUCUAAAUGUGGAGGGAAAAACCGGAGGACCCAGAGAAAAAUCCACAUGACCAUAGGGAGAGAGACGCGCAAACUCCAAAUAAACAGGCGUCAGGGUCAGGAUCAAACCCACGACCUCCUGUAUACCAGGUAAGAUAGUUAACAUCUCACCACCGUGGCACCCACUGUUAUGGUGGCCCACAUGACAGCUGUAUUGGCUACCCCCCCCAUCCGAUCAGUACUGAAGCUGGAGCCGAUGCACUUCAACAUGCAUGCACACACACGCUUGUCGUUUUGUACCGGUUUUGCGUCGCCUUUGAAGUUUGUGAUUUUGUUGUCACUGCGAUUUAGUGACAACUGUGACGAUGUUUAAAUAAUGCCUUGAUUAAAAGUUAAACACCG